GUGAUUGCCUCGAUCUAACCCCAAUGCGUUUUGGAGUCUACUAACAUAUCGCUCUCGUUUUUCGCACCGUCGUGCGCACGUAUGCGGACUCAAACUGCCUUCAGAAGUCUUGUCGAAGGAUUUCCCCCGUGUCCGAAGACGAAGCGCUUUAUCGGCUGACUGCUGCUCAUGUUCGCUUAGAGGAACGAGGUCCCUGUGUGGCUUGGACUGAGAUCAGGAGAGCGGAAAGACGACCCAGAACCCCCCUAGGGCCUCGCCGCAGACAUCCCAAACAUCCAGAAGCAUGGAAUACUUCGACAGGAUUGUGAAGAAAUCCUGCUGAUUCCUCUCUGGCUGUGCUUGUAAGACGGCACAGAAGCCCUAUGGGGGUAGUCAGGUUAGCACAGAAACAAAGGAAUGCCAACUGGGUUGCCCUGUGAUGGCAUUUCCAAUGCCCAACGUUUCUGUGUUUAAAACGUUCUGAGGCUGGAAGACGAGAAAGAUUUUGAUUCCUCCCCAAGGAGUACUCUGCUCUCUUUAUUCAUGGAACAUUCACUGCUAAGACUUUUUUCCGUAGUUGUCAAAAACCAUUGAAGGGGAUCCUACUAUUGAACAUGACUCAUGGGGAGGAACCUGGCCCUGAGACACACCAGGAUUCAGCUGUUUUAACUUAUCUGGAAGGUUUACUAAUGCAUCCGGUUGCAACUGGGCCUGGCGCCACAGCAACAAGGAGAUCAGAGGCUGGCCACAGCAACGAGGAACAGGGAAACAAGGUGGACAAGGGCCUCCAGCUACCUAACCAUGCUUCUAGUCCGACAGAGAAGAGCAGCCCUCCGGGAGCUGUCUCGCAGCACCUCAAGAAGGCCAGGCUGCUGCGCUCGGGCACCUGGAGUGAACCAGAGAGCCAGAAAACGAGUGCCCCCACGGCAGACGUGAACGGACAGGAGAGAGAGAACCAUAGAGCCUCCCUGGAUGGCCCCGCCCAGGGAGAAAGUACACUGCUGGCCUCCUUGCUCCAGUCCUUUAGUUCACGGCUACAGAGUGUGGCGAUGUCCCAGCACGUGUCUCAGAACCACAAGGCGCCGGACAGCCAGAACAGAGAGUGCUCGCCUGCCAACAAGGACAACACCUUCCAGUGCUACGGUACAGCUUCCAGUCGCCUCAAAGGCCUAAUGAGGAAAAACAAGCUUCAGAGCAACAGCAACAGUGUGCCUUACAGUCGACGCAGCAGCCAGGACCGGCGCACUGAGUCCCCUCGUUCAUCUCUGAACUCCUCCCAGCCUGCGGCCCCCGACUCCGUGUCCUGCGCAGAGAGGCUCAAAGCUGUGGCCAAUCUAGUGAAGAUGCGGUCCAGCCCUGCCCCCUCCCCCAAACCCAGCGUGGCCUGCAGUCAGUUAGCCUUACUGCUUUCCAGCGAAGCCCAUCUGCAGCAGUACUCCAGGGAGCAGGCCUUAAAAGCACAAUUAUCUGUCCGAUCUGCCAGCGAGAGGCUCGCAGCCAUGGCCACACAGCAAACGCAGGAUAAAAGGCCUCCCAGCAUGGGAGAGACCCCAGUGGCUUCAGACAUGCUAAGCUCCUUAAACACCUCGAACGGAACACUCCCCCAACCAACGUUGAACUCCAGCAAGAGAAGCCCCUCCCUGACCCCAGGCUAUAGUACAGCUUCCCCUCACUCCACUCCACACCCUCCCAAAGAGAAACGUCCUUUUGACAAACACGGCGGCCGGCCACCGCAGAACUGCAGCACCUUGCUCCUGCUAUUGCUUAACAACCACAACUCUCAGAAACAGCUGACUAAGAACGGCCACCUGGAUGAUGACUGCGGUAUCCUCCCUAGUCAUGCUCCCUCUCUGCAUUCAGACAGCGAGUACUCCAACCAGGAGAACAGCUUGACCAAAGACAGCAGUGAUGCAGAAAGUUGCUAUUCCAGUUGUUCCCCUAUUGACCUCUCUGUGAGGAGCAGAGUGUCCAGCCAAAAGCCAGAGCCCUCCUCCUCGUCCGCUGCCACUUCCUUGGACAAGCUCACGGAGUCCCUGAUAAACAAGUGGAAGCCAGAGACUCCAGGGCAAAAGGUCCUGGAGGCCAGGGAGCUGGACGUUAGCCCAGACAUGAAAUCCCAUCAGAAGGUUACUCUCAUGCAGUUACUGUUGGACCGUAGAAAUAAUGAAGAGGUAAACAAAACCGCUGAUAAUCCAGAUUUGCACCCUGAUGCAACCCCCAGUCGCAUGUCUGCAAGCCCUCUGAAACCAACUGGCUCGUUCGAAGAGUGCGGGACUCCUGACCGAUUGAUGGGUGGAGGUCUGCCCACGUUUUCCCUCGGCGGAGACAAGAGCAGCACUCCAUCUCCCUACUCUUAUUCCUCUUCUUAUGUCCAGUCAAGCCCUUUGGAUCUGUGUAAGUCUAAACCUUACCCCAGUGAAAAGGUGUCAGAGCCUGCUUUCAUUGCUAGUAAACUGCUACAGAAUUUGGCUAAGAGUGGUUUACAAAGCCCAUCCCCAUCGCCCCCUUUAACAGCCCACAGACCUCAUAGCAAAGGGCAAAGCCCAGAACUUGACCUAAUCAAGCAUCAGGCUCCAAUGGAUCGCCUCGUUUCACCUGUCAAAAGAAACAAAACCCCUGUUUUAGAAGGACCCCCCACUACUUUCACACCAUUUGGGCGAGAGCUGUCCCCCCCAGCGUCGUCACAGAUAGAGAACCUCCUGGAGAGACGCACUGUGUUACAGCUUCUUUUGGGCACAGCCUCCCACAAGGAGAAAUCGUGUGAGAGGAGAAACUCUGAGACAACAAGGGCCUGCUUUGAGAAACCUCCAGAGGGCUCUGUCAUCUGUGACAGCUCAAACGGACCUUCGCUGGAUAUUAAGAUCAAAACAGAGCCCAAAGAGGAGAGUCUUUUGUCAGACAUUCCUGACGCUGGAACACGUCCGGGGAAAUGGGGAGGACACAAGAGACACAGUCCCCUUGGUGAAACCCAAGACUGUGUUAAGUCUGAACCGUGCACCACCGAAGCUGCCGCUAAGUGCGGCCUUCUCAGCCAGCUCUUAAAACAGCAGACCACCACGUACCAGACAAGCACACGAACAGAGCCCCACACGAGCACAGUGAAGGCGGAGCAGCAGGACUAUCAGGUACCUCUUCCCAAGAAGAGGAGACUCUGCAUGGAGCUGGCAGAGCAUUUGAGCAAUGAGCUCUGUCAAAGACCAGCAGACACGCUCAGCGAGAGACUAGUCUCGGGAACGUCCGGGGAACACGAGAGCAGAAGGUUAAUUAGCCCAAAAGAAGAAGAUUCUCUCAUUAGAGGUCCUGCCGACAAAGUUCAUCCCAGAGACAGCCAAGGCUUUAACGUCCUAAAGCAGCUUCUCCUCUCAGACAACUGCCUGAAGGAGUUAUCCCAGCCGAGGAGCUCACUGAGCCCACAGGCCCCGAACUGCAAGGCCAACGGCAAUUUCUUCAACAGGUCUAGUUACAAUCACGAACUCGCAAACGUACCCUGGCACUCCCCGUCUCUUAUGGCAAGCCAUGGCAACCUCAAGUCGCUGUCCAACCCAUCCGCAGUUAACAGUAGUCAGGGUUCACCUUGGGCCAAGAGCUCUCCCAAGCCCAGCCCUACUCCGAUAAAGAAAGAACCGGAUAGCUCACCUUGUUGGACUCUUAGCGGGGAAGAGAAAUGUGACUCCAGCCCAGACUCCCCGCGUCUUACCAGAUCGAAUCCUAUAUUGUACUAUAUGCUCCAGCGGGGAAAUGGACAGUUGAGGAAGGAGAUGGCAAAUCAGGGUCUGUUGGCCCACUCUGGGGUUACCGUCAAAGAGGAGCUGGGCGCGGAAGCCAGGGACUAUGAGCACAGGCUGAGUGCGGUUCAGCGUUCACCAGCACACAGUGAAAAACAUAGCAACAGUGGUGAUCACUUCAACGGUUCACUGACGAAAUGGUAGAUGUGAACUGCCAAAGAGAGAGGGGACGAAGACGCUCCUU